AUGCGUGAGAUCCUGUCCAUCCACCUCGGUCAAGGCGGUAUCCAAGUCGGGAAUGCCUGCUGGGAGCUCUACUGCCUCGAGCACGGGAUCCAACCGGACGGUCAAAUCCCCAGUGACUCGAGCGCCAUGGGCGACGAUUCGUUUUCGACCUUUUUCUCGGAAACCGGUUCGGGGAAACACGUCCCACGGGCGGUAUUUGUCGACCUGGAACCGACGGUCUGUGACGAGGUGCGGACCGGUACAUACCGCCAAUUGUACCACCCGGAACAGAUCAUUUCGGGCAAAGAAGAUGCAGCGAACAAUUACGCUCGAGGUCACUAUACCAUUGGCAAAGAAGUAGUGGAUCUCGUCCUCGAUCGCGUACGCAAACUUGCAGAUGCGUGCACGGGACUCCAAGGCUUUAUGGUGUUUAACGCCGUUGGCGGUGGUACUGGCUCUGGACUUGGCUCGCUGCUGCUCGAGCGGCUCUCGGUCGACUAUGGCCGCAAGAGCAAGUUGGGCUUUACCAUCUACCCCUCGCCUCUGGUCUCGUCCGCUGUUGUCGAGCCCUACAACUCGGUGCUGUCGACGCACGCUCUGCUGGAGCACACGGACGUGGCGAUCAUGCUGGAUAAUGAAGCCAUUUACGACAUUUGCCGUCGGUCGUUGGACAUUGAACGGCCGACGUACGCCAAUUUGAACCGGCUUAUUGCUCAAGUGAUUUCGUCGCUGACGACGUCGCUCCGCUUUGAUGGGUCGUUGAACGUGGACAUUACCGAGUUCCAGACCAACUUGGUGCCGUAUCCCCGAAUCCACUUUAUGUUGAGCUCGUACGCACCAGUGAUUUCGGCUGAAAAGGCUUUCCACGAACAGCUGUCGGUCGCGGAGAUUACCAACAGUGCUUUUGAGCCCACGUCGAUGAUGGCGAAAUGUGAUCCGCGUCAUGGCAAGUACAUGGCCACUUGUCUCAUGUACCGAGGUGAUGUUGUCCCUAAGGAUGUGAACGCUGCCGUGGCCACGAUUAAGACCAAACGCACUAUUCAGUUUGUCGACUGGUGCCCUACUGGUUUCAAGUGUGGUAUCAACUACCAGCCGCCGUCGGUGGUGCCAGGUGGUGACCUUGCUCGCGUGCAGCGUGCGGUGGCGAUGAUCUCGAACACGAGCGCCAUUGCCGAGGUGUUCUCCCGCAUCGACCACAAGUUUGACCUGAUGUACGCCAAGCGUGCGUUCGUGCACUGGUUUGUGGGUGAAGGCAUGGAAGAAGGUGAGUUUUCCGAGGCUCGCGAGGACCUCGCGGCGCUGGAAAAGGACUACGAGGAGGUGUCGGCGGAGACUGCCGACGGCGAAGGCGAAGAUGAGGAAUUCGGUGAAGAGUACUAG